AAAUAGAACGACGGUCCUAGCUGGAUCAACCCGUCAAAGGGAGAAUCAUCCAGUUGACGGAUACAUGGCAGGUACAAAUCUGUUGGUACGUACUGACAGGUUGUCAGCAUUUAUUAAGCAUGCCACGUGUCACUCUCUGAAUGGUCGUUGUAUAGGAUCGAAGCGUCGCUUCGUCUUCCGUGCACUUCCUAUAUAUAUAAGGCGCCUCACUCUUUCAUUUUUCAAUUUUCACUCAGAAAACACUUGUCAGAGCGAAGCCGUCAACCCUGUCAGAGCAAAGCCGUCAACCUUAUCUGUGCAAUCCGUCGAGGACGAAUACUCGCUGAUUACACCAACCGUCACCUGUCCUCUGCUAAGUUCGGUAAGUGCUUCUAAUUUACUAUAGUCAAGUUACAUUCUCUUCCAUGCAUUGUUGUUAGGCUUUCCAUACCCGUCAACACUUUCAAACCCGUCGGUCUUAGGUUUUAUUGUCAAUUGUAGGAAAUGUCUAGUGCGUCAAGUAACCAGUCGGUGGUUCGUGAUGGGACGGAAUACGAGGAUGUAUACCCGUCCGGUCAUAAAGACCAAGAGAGCCCCGGCGAAAGUAGGAGUCCGUCUGCCUCCUCUUCAUCCUCAACAAAUGAGGAUGUGGAGAUAGUCGAAGUAGAGGGUUCCGAUGAUGACGGGGAUCAACAACUGGAGUCCGUUGUAGGCGCUGAUGGACUAAGGCAGUUCAUCAUGUUGCCAGAGUGGACUGUUCAUAGGUUUACAUCCGUCAUCAGGGAGAGACAUUUCAGCACCUUCAGGACCAACUUCCAAAUCCCAGACUAUGUCUCCAUCCGUCUACCAUAUGUGUCGGAGAAGUGUUAUUACGAAGGGGUAGACGGUGUAGGAGUGUACGAACAGGCAUUGAAGGCUGGACUUCGAUUCCCGCUUUCUACCCUUCAUAGGGAACUCUUGCAGUAUCUGGGGUUGUCCGUCACCCAGAUAUCCCCUAACGCCUGGAGGGUCUUCAUAGCCAUGGAGAUUCUCUACGGUGCAAUGUCAAACGGGGAAAGGAAAUUGACGGUCCGUGAAUUUCUUCACUGUUACCGUCCAGACGAGAUUUCUGGAUCAAGGGGGAUGUACAGUUUUGCCAGUCGGAGCCCCUUGUUGAAGGUGAUCUUUGAGACCCCAGACUCAAAUAGAGACUGGAAGAGUCGGUACUUCUUCCUGGAGGGUGAUAGAUGGAUGAACCAUCCAGGGGAGACGGAGUUCAUGCCCGUCGACACAACUUGGGCAGUUAUAAAUCAGACACGUAGACGGCGCCCACAAGUCAGCCUCGAGGAGUUUAGCUUCCUUGAAAAGGUUUGCAAGAAGACUACGCCGGAGGAAAGGACUUGGGCGAAGUUGGUGAACCCGAGGACCAUACAUUGGUACUGCGACGGUCCUGAGCCCACCCAAGAAGCGAUAAGAUACGACGAGCGAGUUCACAAACAGAUGGAUGACGCAAAGAGGAGAGCUUUGAUCAAGUCCCAAGCCGUCAAGAAGAGGGAAUCCGGCGAGGAGGUUCCUAAGGCAUCAGCUUCAAUCCCUAAAAGGAAACUGACGACAAAAUCCGACCGUCCCUUUAAGCAACCAAAGGUCUCUCUUGAACCUGUGGUUGGCUUAAUGGCUGAGGGUAACAAGGCCGUCACCCCAGCGAAGCAGGGGAAGGGCAAAGGAUUGAUGGCGGUCCCAGACGGUAAGCAAGAGAGACCCCCUUCCCUUCUUCGUGAUGACUCCAAGUAUGCAUUGGAGAAACUGUCGUCCAUCAUCACGGCAGAAGACUAUGAAGACCUGGGAAACCAUUCGACGGAGGCCAUGGGGGAGACGGGCCUCUUCGCCGUCGCUCAGUCCUUGGUCAUGAUGAAGGGACUACUUGACCGGUGUCUCAACCGUGAGAGUAGCUUGGACCGGGUGCGCGCGAAGGCGCAGCAGACGGAGGAAGAGCUCGGACAACUUCAGAGAUGGAGGUCCAAGAUGGGGAAGAAGCUGGAGCUUUCUGAGCAGGCGAGGAAGGAGCUUGAGGAGAAGACGGCCACUUCGCUGACGGUCAUAGAGAACAAAGAAGCUGAGAUAAAACAACUCAAAGAAGAGAUCCGUCAGGCUAAAGUGGCAGCCGUCGAGGAGUACCGAUGCUCGGAGUCCUGUUUGGGCGAGCUGUCGGACUCCUUCCUCCAAGGAUUCGAUGAUUCCCUCCGUCAAGUCAAGAAGGCUUAUCCAGAGCUGGACUUGACAAUGGUCAAACUUGAGGACCAAGCCCAGACUUCUGCCCUCCCCGUCGCCUCCGAAAAUACGGAGGACCUUUUUGGAGACGGUGCUGCUCAGGGAGACGGAGAGUCCGCCCCGUCGAAGGAUGUCCCAGAUGCUGAAGAAAAGAAAGAUUGAUGCAUAUGUACUUUAUUUUGUGAACAAUCCGUCUUUCUUUUUUAUUCAUUUUUUAAGACAAACCGUCC